AAAUGACUUUUCAAGAAUAUAAUAUUGUUUUUUCAGCAUCGUAUAAAAAUCACAUGGGACAUCAGAGUAAGAAUCAAAAAUGGCCACCCCCAUGCAAGUUCAAAAUCAACAAGGUCCUCCUCAACAAGCUCCAAAUCCUGCGCAAGCUGCACAACUUCAACAUGCAGAAAUUGACCCAGUCGCCAAAUUUAAAAAUUUGCUACCGAGAUUAAAAGAGAGCUUAGGCAUUUUAUUCAAGUCAGCUGGAGAAGUAUUUCGUUACCAUGCAACACAAGACAGUGGAACACGGCCUGGUGAUAGUCCUCAACAGAAAUUUGAAAAAAGUUUAGAAGAAUUUUACGCCCUGUGUGAUCAAAUAGAGAUUAAUUUGAAAUUAGCUCUUGAGAUGCAUUCCCAUUUCUUAGACAGUAUGAGAUACAGUCCAUUUCCUGUUGUUUCAUCAUUCAAGAUGGAUACCCAACAAGAAGGUUUUCAUUAUCCCCAGUAUUUGUUAACUGUUCGAACUCAGAUAAACUGUGCCACAGAAAUACAUGAUGUUCUCACAGAAUUUGCUACAAAAAUGGCUGAUCAACCUACAUCAUGAGUAGUAGGCGGCACAAAAUUUUAAGGAACAGACGUUAAGAUGAUGUUUAUAGACUGAACUCAAACAUUCUUGAUAAUACAAGGCUGCAAUACAUCAACCUACAUCAUGAGUAGUGUGGAAGUAGUGUGGUGUGCAGGAGGCAAAAUUAUAAGAAAAAGACAGACAUUAAUAUGAUGUUUAUAGAUUGAACUCAAACAUUCUUGAUAAUACUGUAAUACAAGGCGGCAAGUAAAGAUGAUGUUUAUAGAUUGAACUGAAAUAUUCUUGAUAAUACAUGGAUUGGCAAGAUGAGGAAUCCAGCAAUCGUUAAACUCAUUUUGCAAAAAUACAAAAAGCAGACUGUCCUUGAUGUAUCGUGAGGUUCUACCUUUUCUGUGUGAAACGACUGUUAUUUAUGGAUCAGUUUUCAUUAGCCCAGUCUGUGCAGAAAAGUAGUCAGUUAAACCCCAUUCUAUUUCAUUUCCUUAAUGUAUCUUUAAAUUAAGGUUUUGUUAAAGGAGCUGUUUCGGGUAUAUUUUUAUUGAAUAAAAUAUGUUUUCUGUGUAAAAGGACCGUCCUUUAUGUA